UUGAGCAUUUUGGUGGGCGAUCCAUGGAUAGUUUCCCAAUGUGUUUUGACCGUCAGAAGAGUGUGUUGUAGAAGAGCUCUAAAUUGAUGGAGAUCAUUAAAUUGAAUUUGUAAUGAAGAAUCUCCCAUCUGUACUUUCCUCUCUCACAAAGCAAUCAAAGUUGACAUGUCCUGCUUACUUCCUCAACACUCGACACGUGUCCUCACGCUGUCCCAAAUUACCUAAACACACACACUUUUUUUCACCAUUUUCAGUUUGUUUUUUUUUUUUUAAAUUCGAAAUCUGGAGAGAAAACCCAUUUGUUUAUGGUGUGAAAGUGGGCCAUUAUGUUGAAGCUUGUCGAUAAAGAUAGCUUGGGUCGUCUACUCUCCAUUCUCUUUCCAAUCAAAUUCACAAGUAGAUCGUGAUAAGUACAUCAUUUUUAUAUUAUAGUUUUGGUAAAAUUAUGCUUUAUUGGGAAUUGAGAUAGAUGUAGAUUUUGGCUAUAUUUAUGGGGCUAAACAAUAGGAUGCUUUUGGGUUUGUGCACUCUUUCAAUGUUGCCCUUCAAUUCUCAUAUCACACCCUAUGUAUGUUUCGUCUGUACUUGAUCAUUGUAAUUCAUAAACAGAAAGAUCUUGAUUAAGUUCUCUUCUGAUGCAACAUGGAGGAUCCCUUUUUACAUCUUGCAAGCUUGAGCUCUUAUAUAGCCCAGCAAUUUGUUCAAUUUAUUGAGGAUCUUAUCUGCAGAGAUAUCCUUGGGUGGUCAGAAUAUUUAGUUGACUUUGGUGGUCUGCUUGUAAACUUUACCAGUGACGGGGGUUGUAGAACUGUUCCUGAGGCUUGUUCAUUUCCUUCAAGAGUAUCUGACACAGGAACAAGCUUUAGAAUUCACGCAAGACGAUCCUCCUAUGUCAAUGAUAACUUGCCUGUAAAUUCAUUAUUAGAAAUUGUAAGAAGUAAUCAAAGUUAUGGAGGUUUCAGACUCAUUUUUGAAGGGUUGAUGCUUCCAGUAUAUGGUCUGAGAUUCACUUGGAAACUUUCGUUGGCCUCUUGGAGGUGUUUCAUAUCUCAUAUCAGAUGUGCUCUAGUUCAAGUUCAGAGUGUUAUAUCCCGUGUACGUACAACCUUGCGUGGGUCUUCUGAUGACAUUGGGUGGUUGCAACAAGCUACUGAAAUGGCUCCUGUUGUUGAUGGUUCAGCUAGAUUUAGAGAACUACUACAAGAUAUUAGGAAUGGACAGCACACACUGCCUGAUUCUUUUGUUUAUCUACUGAUUCCAGGGUUUUUCAGCAAUCACGGUCCUUUAUAUUUUGUGAGCACUAAGAAGUUUUUUUCGAAGAUGGGGUUAACUUGCCAUAUUGCUAAGAUACAUAGUGAGGCAUCCGUGGAACAAAAUGCGUGGGAACUGAAGCAAUGCAUCGAGGAGUUACAUUGGGGAUCAGGAAAACAUGUCAUGCUGCUUGGUCACAGUAAGGGUGGGGUUGAUGCUGCCGCCGCUUUGUCAAAAUAUUGGCAUGAUUUAAAGGAUAAAGUUGCAGGACUGGCAUUUGUGCAGAGCCCUUAUGGUGGAAUACCUGUUGCAUCAGAUAUUCUUCGUGACGGACAGAUUGCUGACAAGGAAACACGAAGGAUCAUGGAGUUUUUACUAUGCAAGUUAAUUAAGGGUGAUAUACGGGCAUUAGAGGAUCUAACAUACGAGAAGCGAAAGGAGUUCUUAAAAAACCACAAGCUUCCUGAUGAUAUUCCACUCAUCUCCUUCCAUUCUGAAGCAAGUAUAGCACUGAAUGUAAUAGCAACAAUGUCCCAUAUAGCACAUGCAGAACUUCCGUGGCUACCUUUGCCCGGAUUUGGUGACAAUGAGUCGGAGAAUGUGAUCCAAGCAGGGUGCAAGGUGCCUGUCAUAGUUCCUGUUUCUGCUGCACUGGCUCUUUGUGCUCUCCACCUGCAACUAAGGUAUGGAGAGAAGAGUGAUGGUCUAGUGACCUGUCGUGAUGCUGAAGUUCCCGGGUCAGUGGUUGUAAAACCAGACAUAAAGCUUGAUCAUGCUUGGAUGGUUUAUUCGUCAUGGAGAAAGGACCCAAAUGAAGCGGACGCUAGUGAAAUGUGUGAGGCUCUCUUAACUAUGCUUGUGGAACUCGGUAUGAAACGAAAGGAAGAUUGUUGACUUGUAUGCGAUGUUAGAUUGAAUCCUUUGAACAAUCAAGUUCCCUGAUAACUAGAUGGAACUGAAAUAUCAGAUGUUUUUUCCAACCUACUCUGAUUAAUGUCUAGAUAUGGUUUUGUUUUAGCUAGUA